AUGUACUGUUUGUUUUGCUGUCCUACAGGAGUAUUUACAGCAGCAUUUGAUUGUCAAAUUGAGUGGUUAAUUGUGAAAGGAAUAGCUGACUAUGCAGAUGGUUCUAAGUUAGCUUCAGAGAGUUGGUCUUCCUGUGCCAGUGUGAUGGCAGCAUCUCUUGUUGCACACAUGUUGAAUGAACCCUGUGUUUUCCGUUCAUGGCCUCAUUAUCAAGGUAAUCAUGCUAUCAUAGAGUGCUGCCACAUCUUGGCAUCUGAUUUAUUGAAUCCACUGUUGCGUUCGUUCCAUAGUACAGUCACAGAUAAGCUACAUGGUACAUGCUCUGGGAUGCAGGCCAUCCCAAAUUCAGCUGUCCAACACUCACCACUUGUUCAAGUUGUUUAAGUUGAGAUUCAAGUAGGAUAGUGGAUGUGAUACAUUUCUGUAAAAUAACACGAAGCAUUAGUGUAUUAAUUAGGAAGGCAUGGAGUAGACUACGAGGACGAAGUAUGUAUGUAGUGCAUAAGUCGGAUUAAAAGCGUGUUGAGUUGUUGGCUUGUCCGAUAUUCUAAGACGAGACCACUUCAAUUAGAAGUGUGCAUCUCAUUAUUUAGGAACCAGUACAAUUUGAGAUAAUUUGCAAUAUUUAGAAGCUAUCAUGAUAUGUAGUCCGUAUUAUACCGUAAAUCCUCUAUUAAGCCCCCCUCUUCUAAAAUAACCCCCCUCCCGCGUAUAAUCCCCCCUCCCCUCCCCUAAUUAUUCUUUACUAAUAAUUGAUAGACUGUAUUAAUCAAUCACGACUGUGAAACUUCGUGUGGACUGAUCCAGGAUGGUUUCAUACCAACUGGAAGUUUGGAUUUGAUUCUGAUCCUCCGUGCAUGACCUUAAACCUUCUUGUACUUGAGCUUUUCCUCUUUGUUUUGUAGUUCUCUAUGGAGAGCUGAUACUAUCGUCUUUUCUAAAUUAAUUGAGCCCCCACCCCACCCCAUCUCAAAUAAGGAGGAUUUACGGUAAUGAUAUUUUGACAUUUGACAUGCAUAUUUUAGACAGUGGUGAAAAUAUUAUCAUUAUUAUCGUUUUAUACGUCAUCAGUGAAUCAAUAAAAUAUCAAUUUUGUUAUCAAACUAAUGAGUGUUUUUUCUUCAGGACCGCAACCACAAGAGUUAAUCACCCACUAUGAUGAAACCUUAGUCGCUCCUUUCAUCGAACGUAUGAAGAAACAUGUCCGAGAUGUCACUGACAAACCUUACAGAGACCUCAAAUCACCUUUUCAUAAUCCAGGCGAAGGACCUAGAAGAGAUCUAAAACUUGACGAAGUCUUCACCAAUUUGAUUGUUUAUGAAGGGAGAGCGAAGUAUGACUUUUCAGGAGACAGAGUGAAACAGCUAAACGAGUACCACAAAGCCAAUGAAAGUUUACGACCAACACCGCCAGGAGAUAUUUUUGAUGCUAAAGAGCGGAAGAUUCUUGUUGUCGGUCGUCCUGGAAUUGGAAAAACCAUGUUUAGCACAAAGAUUCUUCGCAACUGGGCGUCCGAUAACCUUUUCAACGAAACACAAAAAUCGCAAGUCGAUUUUAAAGUUGCCUUUCUCAUUAAGCUGAGAAUGUUUAACUCUAGAAACCAAGAACUAAAUCUUCGCGAGAUUCUGGAUCACUCAGAGUAUUCAACCGCUCUUUCCGAAGAGCUCUGGAACUACAUCCGCCACAACCCAGAGCGAGUACUGUUGAUUUUUGAUGGAUUUGACGAAUAUUCUGGUAGGACUAAAGUGAAUGAAGAUGACAUUCCGUACAGAUACAGUGAAGAGGAAACGAUGCCUGUUUAUUUCCUUAUGAAGAAAAUAGUAGAGGGAAAAAUUCUUACCGGUGCGACAGUCCUAACGACUACAAGACCCAAUGCCGUGUCAUGUAUCACAAGUCUUCACUUCGACAAAACAGUUGAAAUUCUGGGAUUCUCAACUGAGCAAGUAAAUAAUUAUGUACAGAAGUUUACAAAGGAGGAGGACAAAGCGGAAACCAUAAGGCAACACAUCACCAGUAACUUAAACCUUGUAGCCUUCUGCUACGUUCCUGUUAAUUGCUUCAUCAUUUGUUGCUGCUUGUUAGAGUUGCUUGGUAACACUAGCUUUACCAGCCUCCCGACGAGACUGGCAGAAAUAUACUCAAUUGCCGUAAGGAUGUUUUACUUUAGCUACGAUGAUGAUCAAUAUCGCCACAAUAAAACUGAAAGUCAAGAGUUUUUUCUUAAGCCGUUUAAGGAACUGCCUUCCUCUGUGCAAAAUGUGUUCACACGUCUGGGAAAAAUAGCUUUUAAUGGAAUUCAAGAGGGAAGACUGAUUUUUGAAUCACACGAAGUUAACGACCUAGAGAGUAAUGGCCUGUUUCACCGUUUACCUGAUAUUAAAGACCAUCCUUUCGCAGAGAGAAGAGCGCAAUAUUGCUUUUUACACCUGACCAUACAGGAGUUCUUGGCGGCGAAGUAUUUGGUAGACACGUUGAGUUCCGAACAGCUGCGAGGCUUUGUUUCCGCUCACAUCCAGGAUGGCGCGUGGAAGGUUGUGAUGCAGUUUGUGGCUGGACUGCUGGCUGAAAAAGAAGGACAGUCAACAGAUAUUUUCAGCGACCUUCUUCCCUCAAAAACUUUUACUACUGGACUUAAAAUCAAGUUGAUCGAAGACUCAGAGGAACGAACUGAAACACUGAUCCGUUGGCCAGCUGAUGAAGACUAUGAUUUAGUGGGGACGCUAUUCAAUUGCAUGUAUGAGAACAAUGCCUCUGAUCGAGAAGUUCAAAAGAAACUGGCGAAAACUGGUUGUAAUGCGUUUGAUUUUAGUCGGUGUUCCCUGUCACCUCUCGACUAUUUAGCAUUAGUGCAUGCACUUAAAUCUGUUGAAGGAAUUUUGUAUUUUGAUUUAAACGACAACAACCUUCAGUCGCUAGGAUGUAUUGAGAUUGCAAAGUUAUUACCUGGCAACCAACACAAUCAGGGUUUUUGUGAACUAAGAAGAUUAAACCUCGGGGGUAACAACAUAACUGAUGAAGGAAUUAAACAUUUAUCCACGGCGCUCACACACACUAACUGCAAACUAAGCAGCUUAUACCUCGCGGCUAACCAGAUAACUGAUGAAGGAGUUAAACAUUUAUCUGCAGCACUCACACACACUAACUGCAAACUAAAAAGCUUAGACCUCAGUCGUAACAACAUGACUGAUGAAGGUGUUAAACAUUUAUGUACAGCACUCACACACACUAACUGCAAACUAAACAGCUUAAACCUCGGGUAUAACAAGAUAACUGAUGAAGCUGUUAAACACUUAUCUACAGCACUCACACACACUAACUGCAAGCUAAACAGCUUUGAUCUCGUUAAUAACCAAAUAACCGAGAAAGGUAGAAAUAUCCUAAACUCAAUGAACAAAAACUGUGAAGUGGAAGUCUAA